CUAUCCCAAGGGAGAGGUACGCUUGCGUGGUAUAGAUUCUUGCUAAACGAAGCGAUCUCUAGCGCACAAGGUCUUGGUCUGCAUCGGCUAGGCAAGGUUCAACCGGCUCAGGAUGUUCGAGCCUCCGACUGCGUAUCUCUCGAAAUAGGAGUUCGGAUCUGGUCCUAUCUCUGCGCCAAGGAUUGGUCGUUGGCCGGUACAAAUGGUCUCACCUAUAGAAUUCAUCCUUUACAGACGACAACGCGCAUGCCGCUGAACGCCAGUGAUGAGCACCUGAAGUCAGACAUCAUCCGAGAGCAACCACGCAACACAUGGACAGAGGCUUCAUACGUGAUUGCUCAUUUUCAGUUGACCGAAUGCGCAAAGUCGGCGAGCAGAUGUGAAGCAGUCGAUGAGAAUAUUGUCGAAAGAGUCGACAGCGUAAUUAGACCUUCGCUUCCUUCAUUCAGGGGUCUUUCUGAGGAAAAUCGUAGAAGGGCCGUGGUCAGAAUCAGGUCCUACAUCCAGGAUUUGCCCGCCUUCUUCCAACUUGGCAUCACCUCUGCCUCAAGCCCUGAAAUGACCGCGCAGCGUCGGCUCUUGAUUGACGAGACGGUAGCACUCUUCGAGGCAAGGAGACAUAGCAGUAGGUCUGUCUAG